CAGUUGUUUAUUGGAAGCGGAGGAGGUGGUUGCAGCAGCAUGGCCAGUGAGAGCAGGGCAGGGGGUGCGGUUGGUGGAGAAGGAAGCAGGAGGCAGUCGGAAAGAGGAGGGGGUAGAGAGAAGGACAUUGCGAGCUCGAGCGCACCUUCAUCGGGGGUGGUUGACAAAGUCCCGACGCCGGCUACGGACCCAUCCUUGUUCAUCCUACAGCCGGAGGGUAAGCAAAAGAAGCUGCAGGAUGAAAAGGAGGUGUGGAAACAUGUAGAGCAAGGUCAGGAGGCUGUGCCGAAGGGGCGGGGAGAGUAUUGGCUGCGGUGUCGGUUGUGCUCGACCAUUUACAGGGGCACGCGUACAAGAACCGUUGCGCAUUUCCUAAAACUGCAGAAGCCUUGCCCUUUCAAGACGGCCGAGAUAUUGCACAAUCCGGUGACCCAAGGCGAGAAGGUGUUGCCGAAGGACAAGAAGACGCAAUACCUUCUGCAAAAUUAUUGGCAACUUCACAACAUUUCGGCGGGGGGUGCUGCUGACAAUGAAGAUGAUGAGAGUGUGAUUGUUCCUCGUGGUUAUGUGGAGCCACACCCGCCGGUUCCUGCUAGGAGAGAGUCAGUGGAGGAGCCGGUGCAGCGGGGAAAAGAACCUGUAGCCGCACAAGCGGCGGGAGAAGAUGGUGCUUCCACCACAAGAAUGGCUUCAAUGCAGCAAACGACCAUCAAGAGAUGGGUCGACAACGCGGCGCAGAAAAAGUUGGAUGUCGCAUGGGCGGAGGCAAUGUUCAGAGUCGGAAUUGCAUUCCAAUUCCUGGAGUUCGACACCACGCAGCAGCUCCACAGCGUGUACCUCGAGGUGGCGAACGCCAGAUUGCAGGUGAAGUUACCAUUGCGAAGCACAUUCGGACGCUUGCUGCUAAGGGACAUCAGCAAGUUGGACUCGAUGAAGGGCACGGUGAAGCGGGGCCACACCAUCGUCAAAUUCAUCAGGAAUCACCACACGACUAAUAGUUUCAUGAUGAGUUUGGACUCAUCAUUGACGCUGUUGCGGCCGACUGAGGUCCGUUUUGGAUCGUUGUACCGGAUGCUGGAGCGGAUACACAACCGAAGGGCAGUUUUGAAGGACAUGGUGAACGCGACGAAUGUGGGGAAAUGGAAGGCAAUGCGGUGGUCGAGCGUGAAGCUGCAAGCGAAAGCGAAUCUCGUGUACUUCACACUGCGGAGGGAUGCUUGGUGGACGGAGCUGAGGAAGGUGGUGGAGAUGAUGGAGCCGUUGUAUCUCCUACUGCGGAGGAUGGACAAGGACGGGACUGCACCGUCAAACCUUGUGGAGUACGACCGACUCAUGGAGAGGAUGCUGGCGGAGGUUGUGCUGACACCGGAGCAUCAAAGUUCGGUGCUGGAGAAGGUGCAGGACCGCAUGAAGAUGAUGCGGCAACCGGCCAUUGCUAUCAAAAUGAUGAGCAUGUGGAGCACUGCAACUCCGACGGAGCGUAAUUGGUCCUUGAUGGACUUGGUGCACUCCAAGCGACGAAAUCGGUUGAAGCCCGCGACCGUGGAGAAGCUUGUGUACAUUCAUUGGAAUAUGAAUCUGUUGCGGGCGAGCAAAAACUUGAAGGACCAUCGCUACGUCGAUUUGUGGGCGGAGUUCUUCGAGUCUCUUCCGGAUUCGGAGGAGGGCGAUGAUCCUCUUUUGGCGGUGGCUGAGGAGGAGAAGGGGAAAACGGAGGAGGAACAGGCGCGGGAACGGGCCUUAACCAAGUUACCAAAGGGCCGGCUUCCGAAGAACCUCGAAGAUGANGAGGAGGAGAAGGGGAAAACGGAGGAGGAACAGGCGCGGGAACGGGCCUUAACCAAGUUACCAAAGGGCCGGCUUCCGAAGAACCUCGAAGAUGAUGAAGAGGAGCACACGGACGACAGCGGCCUGAUCCUCUUUUGGCGCCCUGGUCCGAUCGACGAGGAUGAGGCAGAGGCCGAUCGUGCGAAGGCAAUGGCUGAUGCAGAUCGUGAACGGGUGCAAAGGAGAAUGAGAGAGGAGGAGGAAUGGCGAGCAGCUGUACCAACCCGUCGAGAAAUGCAGAAACAAAAGAAGAAGGUUGGAGAGCAUGAACCAGAGCCUGCGCGGGAGAUGGGGCAGCACGAGGAGGAGGAAGAGGAGGAGAUGGGCCAACAAGACGAGGAGGAAGAGGAGGAGAUGGGCCAGCAAGACGAGGAGGAAGAGGAGGAGAUGGGCCAGCAAGACGAGGAGGAAGAGGAGGAGAUGGGCCAGCAAGACGAGGAGGAAGAACACGAGAUGGCCCACCUGGCGCAAGAAGAAGAAGAGAUGGAGGAGGAAGAAGAAGCCGUUUGCAUGGAACAGCGAGAGGAGGAGAUGCAACGAACGGAGGGGCACGGACCAGCAAGAAGAGGGGUUGGAGGACCAACAUGCGGAACGGGUGGGAGAGAGCGAGGAGCAGCAGCAGCACGACGAGAUGGCGCACAGCGAGGAGGAGCCGCAACAGCAACAACAUGCACCAACGACCGUGUACAAGCGUCGGAAGAAAACAGCGGAGCCUUCCGGGUCGCCGGAGAAUUCCCCCGAAUUCCCGGACAACUUAGAGGGGAGCCAACACGACAACCUGUGGGUCAACAGGGGGCCAUGCUAAUCUGCAGAGAAGAUUAGCAUGGCCCCUGCGAAACACAUACAUCGAGAGAAAAAGUGUGUAAUAUGCAGUUGAGGAGGGGGGGGGGCAGGAGGGGGGGGAGGAGAAGGAACUGAGCCUUGGGUGGUUUUCUGGUUUAAAAAGAGAGAAAGAAAUAGGAAAGAAAAACUGCACGUCGGUCCCGAUUGCUGUAUCUAGACUCGAAGUUGCCCCAAGU